UUGUCCCUAAGCUCAGGUCAGGCGUUAUUAUGUUGAUGAAUUCUCUCUCUCUCUACCUUCCUUUCUCUCUGUACAAGCUUUCUCUCUCUCAAGAAUCUCUCUGCUGGAGUUCAAUUCAAUUCCCAAGGCUGCACAUUAUUUGCAAUGCAGCAACAGGUGCCGCCAUGGCUAGAGAAGCUUCUUGGAACGGCAUUCUUCUCCGUGUGCCGGACACACGGAGCCGCCGCCAGAAGUGAGUGCAAUAUGUAUUGCUUGGAUUGCAAUUGCGAUGCCUUCUGCUUCUAUUGUCGAUCUUCACGCCAUAAGGAUCAUCAAGUCAUUCAGAUUCGGAGAUCGUCGUAUCACGAUGUGGUGAGAGUUUCAGAGAUCGAAAAAGCGUUGAACAUCGGCGGGGUGCAAACUUACGUCAUAAACAGUGCAAGAGUAUUGUUUCUAAACGAAAGGCCUCAGCCUAAAUCUGGAAAAGCGGUUUCUCACAUUUGUGAAAUAUGUGGAAGGAGCCUCUUGGAUGCCCUUCGGUUUUGCUCACUUGGCUGUAAGGUUGUAGGAAUAAAAAGAAAUGGAAACACAAGCUUUAUGUUUGAGGAGAUAUCAUCAUCAUCAUCAACAAGAAUAGGGGAAGAAGAAUUGCGUGAAGGCUCACAACAAGACAUUUACCCGCUCACACCUCCUUCAACUUCCUCUACUAGGAGAAGAAAGGGGAUUCCUCAUAGGGCUCCUUUUGGGUCAUAAUAUAUAUACAUAUACGAUAUAAAAGUAAAUUACUCAACUACCCUUCAAUUCUCCUACUUUAUACAACUCAUCAACAUUGACAAUUUGUUUCACCAAAUACACACAUCUUGGGCAUCCCUUCCCCAAGCCUUUCAAGGCUAUCAUUUAUUUGUUUCUAUAUAUGAUAAAGAUGUUUAAAACCAUAUAAUGCUGCUGUACAUGGUGAAGAUAAAACUCUCUUGUAAAUCAUUAUAAAUAACUCAUAUAGUAUGCCUUUUUCAUAAAGAUUUGAUGAUUCACAAA